AUGUUCUCCAAGACCAUCAUCCUCGCCCUCUUCGCCUCUUCGGCCGCCUUCGCCGCCUCCAUCCAGCAGAGGCAGCUCAACCCCAGUGUUCAGCUCUGCUCCAACAAGGACUUCAACGACUGCGACAAUGCUUCCGGGAGGCUGAACGACAAGGUCAGCUCGCUCAAGGCAAACGGCCACAACUGCAUCUUCUACAACGAUACCGGUUGCCGCAAUGGAAACGGCCAGAUUGCUACCACUGGUGAUGUUGCCAACAUCCGCUCCCACAGCGAGUUCUCCACCAUGAACGACGAUAUUUCCUCUUUCUUGUGCAACGUCUAA